AUGGGCGUAAUCCGAAAGGUUCUGGGUACCGCUGUAGUGGCGACCGGUGGAGGAGCGGCUUACUUGACCGCCACUACCAACAUAACGACCCCGCUACCCACAGACGAUGAGAUAUGGGCUACCAAGAGCUUUAAGAAACUCAAUCGCUUUCAAAAUCCAGUCGUGGAAGAUGUCUGCUGGAAACGCCUGCCUCUAUCUCAAGUUCGGCCUGAACUUCGAAACGAUGAAAAAGCGCUGGCAACAGAAUUUUGUCGUGGCUUGUGGGCUGGAUAUGCAUAUGCGCCUCAACGUAUCAUCUUGACACUUGCACUUAAGAAUCCCAAGACAGAAAACCAAUUGUUUGACCAAAAGCAGCUAGCAUCUUCCAAGUAUGAAUUAGGCACGCGAUUCUCCGAUCACUUCGAGGUAGUAGAAAGGACGAAUAACAGUAUUAUGGUGAGAGCGGGUGGAUCACCAUUGGAGCCAGGACCGCGAGACAUGGAUGGAUUGCUUGUCGCGAGCGCAAAGGUGGAUAAGGCGGCCGGGACGGUUGACGUGAGUCUAAAGACGACGUUUUUCAAUAGCGUGGAACCAGUCCGUGACGGGAAGAAGCCGACUCCUUUCGUCGCCGAAGUACUUCACCGAUUCUACUCCCGGGCGAUGGUUGACAACGCAGCACGAAGUUUGACGGGGUAG